AUGAGUGGAACAGCGGAUGGAGCAGUCCGCAAGCCUAAUUGCAAGGCCAAGCUGGCGGGAAGUUGGGACAGUUGGGUUUACAUUGACUGCGGACCAAGUCUCUGGUUAACGAGUAUUCGAAAGGAUGGUGACAGGGGAUAUCUGGAGGGUCUCGCGUCUCGCUACGCGGACUUGUUCUCCACCCACUACGGCGAUGUGCUGGACCACCUCGAGGAAUUGAGGAGGCACGAGUGGGACGAGAUGUCGCCGCGGAUGCGCGUGCUGGGGGGCCCCGGCACCCCUCAAACGCCGCCGUCUGCCAGCCCGGGCUCCCUGGCGCUGAACAACCUCACCACGUCGCACUCGCAACCGAUCUACGUGCCCGGAAAAUAUUCGCCCUCAAGCUGCCUUACUGACAAAGAGGAAGACGAGAUAUACGGCUUCGGUUACGGCGUCUUUGGCAAGCAGAUGCUGCAAAGGCAGCAACAACAGAAACAGCUGCUUCUGGCACAGCCCACUCAGCCCCUCAUCCACAACCAACAGCACAACUACCAGAGCUGCCUCAGUCCCCGAUCGGCCUAUUUUUACGAAUUCCCACCGAGUGUCCUUUUCCCUUUAGACAACUGCCUGGGAACUGCAAAGAAGAAGGUCACAACCUUCUCGCGGCUGCUUCGCGGCUUGAAGUCCCACAGGAAAGAGAAGCACGGCUCGUGUUCGCCGAAACACAGCCACAGUCCAAGACAGACACUACCUCCGCAGAGGGUCGAUACACCAGACAGCGUGCUACAAAGUGGCCUGGGGCUAGGGCCCGGCCCCGACACAGCCUUGAGGUCCAUGGUUGACCCGCGGGACUAUGACCGCCUCCGCUUUUUACAAAUGACCGCCGCCCAACCAAACACCUUCGAAGAAACUAUACAGAGGUUGAAAGUUCAGGAAGCGAUGAAGAAAAAAGACAAGCUGGCGCGGGAACAGGAAGAGAUUCUAAGGGAUAUAAGGCACGGCCUAAUGAACAUGGGUCGGGACGGCGUCCGAGGGCCUUUUGGAGACGAUACGUAUAUGUACGACGACGAAGCACGCGGUCUGUCCGGCAGAGGGCAUUGGUACGACGAGCCGCCGUACGAAAGCGACCCUGAAGAUUUUCUGAUGGGCGGCGGGGCCCCCGCGGCGACAUUCCAAAAUGGCCGAGUUUGUUUCACGCUCAACCUAAGGAACGAGCCUAGAGGUGAAGGCGUGAUAUCGUUGAGGAGCGCUGGGGACAUUAGUUUAGCGAGGGCCCCUCGCAGGGGCUUGAUAAUACCGCAAAGUGGUCCCUUCCCAACUACAGUCAUCCCUCUCCAUUCGGCAAGGGACCGUGAGAGCGGGGAUUACGCCGCGUCCGACAUCCAAUCGAUCGGCUCGCGAUUAUCCGGAAUUUCGUUAGAGUCCAGCCGAUCUGAAAGGGACACUAGAAGGGGCUACCGUCAAAUGUCGGGAUACCGGAUAGGCAUCGAUCCCUUAUCACCCGCGUCCUCGGAUUACGAAGAUCAAGAAAGCGAAACGGACUCCCAACACAUAGCCACUGUGCAUAAGUCAGCUGACGAGUGCGAAGGAGUGUCCAAUUUAGCGGGAAAAGUGAGAGGCCUCAGACAAGAUGUACAAAGGAAAAUAUCACGAUUAAGGCAGGAGAGGGCUCCUGAAACCGACAGACGAACAAGUGGAGAUCAAGCGUUUCCAUGUUCUAAUAGUUCAUUUGAAAGUCUUCCCAGCGGAUCAGGCAGUAGCACUCAGGCAUUGGUUCGCGCCGGUAGUAAUCACUCAUCUCUCUCGGCAGAAGAAAACAUAGAAUUAAGUCCUGCCGGCCGGAGUUUACUUGUACCGCAAAUGCUGUGCCGGGCUCGGGCGCUGGUCGAUUACGUGCCCAAUAUUUAUGAGAAAGAUGCCUUGAGAUACAAGAAAGGAGAUAUCAUCGAAGUGAUCAAUAUGAAUGCCUCAGGCAUCUGGCGAGGCGUGUUAAAUAACAAAGUUGGCAAUUUCAAAUUCGCAAAUGUCGAAGUUCUCUCUGAUAGAGACACAAUGAGAUCUAGGACGUCGAAGUGGUGCAAAAGUCGCGAAAGGCUCUGGGAAACGCGACCGAGGACGGUGGAGGAAUUGCUCAAGAGGAUAGACCUGCCAGAGUAUGCUUUAGCAUUCGCUAGAAACGGUUACGAGGAUAUUGAGCUGUUCAAGGAGAUCGAGCCUUCGGACCUCGACUAUCUGGGCAUCAUGACGCCCGAGCACCGGACCCGGAUCCUCGCCGCCGUUCAACUGCUGCACCAGCUUGAAUGUGGCGACGGCAACGGGGAAGGCGACGGCGGUGGAUCCAGUUCGGAGGGGGGCGAUUCGCCCUUCGGUCGCAGGCAGUUCCCGCGCGACUCCGGCUGCUACGAGGCCAGCGUCGCGGUGGGCGGCGUACGCGUGAGGACAUCGCCCUUGGUGCACAGGUCGGACGAGCCUUCGCAACGACCUCCGGAGCCAGCCCCGCAGGUGAAACGCUCGAUCAGACGUAGGCAGCCCGAUGAAGCGGAGUGCGAUCGGAUCGAGCGCUACCCCGGCACCGGCGCUGAGAGGGUCGCGAUCCGCGGCGGCGGACUCCCCGGCGGUGCGAGAGAUGACACCUGUGAAACGGACCACAAGCUGAACGUCGUGAAGUUCGUCGCGGGCGGGGAGCCAUGCGCGUCGGAGAAGAGCAGCGAUUCGGGUGUGAGCAGCUCUUCGCUGAGCUCCGCACACCCACACCGCACU